AGUUGGCUGCAGUAAAAAUUAUCAAAUUGGAGCCUGAAUGAUCUCCAAAAUGUCAAUAACACAAAAGAAGAUAAUAUAACACAACCAUACAAGCAUUUGCCUCUCCUGGAGGAGUCACUUGAAUAUUUAGUCAAGUUGUAUUCAAGGGUCAGUUUCAGUCCAGGAAAUGAAUGGACUGGGUGCACAGGGGAAACAAAAAUGUUUAUCCCUUUUCUGCCUUCAGAGAUGAUUUUUCUUUGAUUCAACAAGAAAUAUUUAUGGUUAAAGAAUGUAAACAUUGCAACAUCGUUGCCUACUUUGGGAGCUAUCUCAGUCGAGAAAAACUGUGGAUUUGUAUGGAAUACUGUGGUGGCGGAUCACUUCAAGAUAUUUACCAUGUUACUGGACCAUUAUCAGAAUUGCAGAUAGCAUAUGUAUGCAGAGAAACUUUACAGGGUCUUGCCUACUUGCAUACUAAAGGCAAAAUGCAUAGAGAUAUCAAAGGUGCAAAUAUUUUAUUGACAGAUCAUGGUGAUGUAAAAUUAGCCGACUUUGGUGUAGCAGCAAAAAUAACAGCUACCAUUGCAAAGAGAAAAUCUUUCAUUGGCACCCCUUAUUGGAUGGCCCCAGAAGUUGCAGCAGUAGAAAAGAAUGGUGGCUACAACCAACUCUGUGAUAUCUGGGCAGUAGGAAUAACAGCAAUUGAACUUGGAGAACUUCAGCCACCUAUGUUUGAUCUUCAUCCAAUGAGGGCCCUCUUCUUAAUGUCAAAAAGUAAUUUUCAGCCCCCGAAACUAAAGGACAAAACAAAAUGGUCAUCAACAUUCCAUAAUUUUGUCAAAAUAGCACUAACCAAAAACCCCAAAAAAAGACCAACUGCUGAAAGACUUCUGACUCAUACUUUUGUAGGGCAGCCAGGUCUCUCUAGGGCCCUGGCAGUUGAACUCUUGGACAAAGUGAACAAUCCGGACAACCAUGCACAUUACACUGAAGGAGAUGACGAUGACUUUGAGCCCCAUGCAAUCAUUCGUCAUACCAUUAGAUCUACAAACAGGAAUGCCAGAGCUGAACGCACAGCUUCAGAAAUAAAUUUUGACAAAUUACAGUUUGAACCUCCUCUGAGAAAAGAAACGGAAGCACGGGAUGAAAUGGGAGUAUCGUCAGACACAAACUUUGUAUUACAGUGGAAUCCUUUUGUUGACGGUGCAAAUACUGGAAAAUCAACCUCAAAACGAGCAAUACCACCUCCACUUCCUCCUAAGCCAAGGAUAAACAGUUACCCUGAAGACAACCUCCUGGAUGAAGAAAAAUCAUCAACUAUAAAACGUUGCCCUGAUCCAGAGAACAGAGCUCCCCAAGUUCUCAGAAGACAGAGUAGCCCAAGUUGUGUUCCUGUAGCUGAGACUUCCUCUAUCGGAAAUGGUGAUGGUAUUUCAAAACUGAUUAGCGAAAAUACAGAAGGAUCAGCACAAGCACCACAGUUGCCACGAAAAAAGGACAAGCGAGAUUUUCCUAAACCAGUCAUCAAUGGCCUCCCACCCACCCCUAAAGUGCUGAUGGGAGCAUGUUUUUCCAAAGUUUUUGAUGGCUGCCCGUUGAAAAUUAAUUGUGCAACGUCUUGGAUACAUCCUGAUACAAAAGAUCAGUACAUUAUCUUUGGAACUGAAGAUGGUAUUUACACAUUGAAUCUCAAUGAGCUGCAUGAGGCAACGAUGGAACAGUUAUUUCCAAGAAAAUGUACUUGGCUUUAUGUUAUCAAUAAUACUUUAAUGUCUUUAUCAGAAGGAAAAAGCUUUCAGCUCUAUUCUCAUAAUCUUAUAGCUUUGUUUGAACAAGCCAAAAAACCAGGAUUAGCUGCUCAUAUUCAAACUCAUAGGUUUCCAGACCGCAUACUCCCAAGAAAGUUUGCUUUAACUACAAAGAUUCCUGAUACAAAAGGCUGCCACAAAUGUUGCAUAGUCAGAAACCCUUACACAGGACAUAAAUACCUCUGUGGAGCUUUACAGUCUGGAAUUGUUUUACUUCAGUGGUAUGAGCCAAUGCAGAAAUUCAUGUUGAUAAAGCACUUUGAUUUUCCUCUACCAAGUCCAUUGAAUGUUUUUGAAAUGCUGGUAAUACCAGAACAGGAAUAUCCUAUGGUCUGUGUAGCUAUUAGCAAGGGCACCGAAUCAAAUCAGGUAGUUCAGUUUGAGACAAUCAAUUUGAAUUCUGCAUCUUCAUGGUUUACAGAAAUUGGUGCUGGCAGCCAACAGUUAGAUUCCAUUCAUGUAACACAGUUGGAAAGAGAUACCGUCUUAGUGUGUUUAGAUAAAUUUGUAAAAAUUGUAAAUCUACAAGGAAAACUAAAAUCAAGUAAGAAACUGGCCUCUGAGUUAACUUUUGAUUUUCGCAUUGAAUCUGUAGUAUGCCUUCAAGACAGUGUGUUGGCUUUCUGGAAACAUGGAAUGCAGGGUAAAAGCUUCAAGUCAGAUGAGGUUACCCAGGAGAUUUCAGAUGAAACAAGAGUUUUCCGCUUAUUAGGAUCAGACAGGGUUGUCGUCUUGGAAAAAGUAUUUUAUGAAGCAAUAUUAUCCAGAAUUGCCAUUCAAAGAAGUUUUGUGUUUUCAACUACAAAUAGCUAUAAGGGAUCGUAUAGAAGAUCUUGAUGAUGGUUGAAAUAUUGUUAGAAGAGGUGUGUAUGUAGAUGUGACUACCAUGUGUAUGUAUUCUUGACAAGCAGUAUAAUAUACCUGUGAUUUUUUUAAAAUUAGGAAUAAUGCAUAAGAAAUUAAUCUUCAUAUAUAUUAUCAUUCCCUAAUGUGUGUGUGGGGGGGGGAGUAUUUAACUGUCCAUGAUAUAUAAUUUACAUAUACUAUACCAGAGGGGAAACUGUAAAGCAACUACACAUGUAAUCUUGGGUUUUUCACAUAUGUAGGCAUUCAUUUUGAGUAGGUUUAAGAAAAAACUUUUUAAGUGAAAUUGAAUUCCUAAUGGAAUAGUACAAAUAAGUAUUAUAAAAACCAAUAUUCUAAAAAUAGGAAAUAAUGCCAUUUUUGAGUUUACUUCUCUUUGGUUAUUAUUAGUAUUUGAAAUUAAAGUGUUACAUGGGUACCUGGUAUCUUAAUCCAUUUAUUGAAGGCAGUUAGCAUUGAGAUGAUGAACAAGGAGUCAGCAGUAGUAAACUGUAGCUUUAUUUUGAACGAUUGAGAGGAAAACAGUAGAACUAUCUCAUUUGGUCUUUAGCAAUUCUGUAAAAUAGAUAUUAUUAUCUCUAUUUUUCAGAUGAGGAAAUACAAGGUUAGCAAGGUUAAUAGACCCAAUUCACACAGCAUUUUAGUGGUUGAGCCCGACCAUGAGUCUUGUGACUCUGUUCUUUUCACUAUGCA